AUUAAAAACUCAAAAACAAGGAGACAAAACUAUUUAGUAAAAAACCAAAAAUGACCACACCAUUCAAAAUCAAAAUGGUUAGUAUUUUAAGCGACAAAGAUCUCUACCGAAAUGUGCGCACUUUAAAAAGGAAACCAUUUAGAAGAACAAAAACAAAAAACUAUUCGGAUACUGAUCUGAUGAGAAAAACUAUAUCGCAAGCAAGCCUUUCGUUUGAAGCAUACCAAAGGGUAUAUAUGUAUUUACAACUACAGGAAAUAACAAAUCUGCCACAGGAUGAAAAUAAAAAAUACUAUUUGAGCAUUAGACACAAUAAGACAAAUUUUAAUGACACCAGAGAAAUAGACGACACUAAAUUAUUUAACUCUUUCGCCAUACCGAUUGAGCAAUACAAUAUGGAUAUAGCUAAUUCGUUCAGUGAUGAACCGCUUGCAAUUAUUCUGAAGGAAAUUUUGGUCCAAGGAAACGCAGAUGCGAUAGAAAAAACGAUAGCCCAAGGACAAAUUGAUUUGAUACACUUCUUCACAAGCAAACGUUCCAUAUGCAAUGCUGAAGUUCUCUUAUAUCCCUCGUCUACGGAAUAUAUAAAUUUGGAAAUGGGUACCUGUAAGACAUUGUGGCAUGUGUAUUCUCUACUGCCCAUAAUGAAGGACGAAGACUUUAAUAAUAUGAUAUUCAUAACAACAGAAUCCAUUUACAAUGCCAGUUCGGACAUUAUGAAUUUAUCUGACGAUUUGGCUGUAAGCAUUUCGUUCCGUUCAAAAAUACCGAAUGCAUAUAAUGAACUGGAAACAUAUCCAAUAUGUACAUUUGAUUCCAUGAAAAGAAGUAUAAUUUGUGAGCAAGAUGUUAAAUAUAAUUGGGCAAGUAUAACUAAGAAUGGAAAGCGCAAUCUGGGGCAAAUGACGGACUUUUGCAUGUCGAUUCACAAAUUAUUCGACGAUUUGUUAUGCACAGAAAAUGUUGACUUCGGUCUUGAAAGUAUAUCCGUUAGCAAGGAUGAGGCACUGAUAUGUAACUUGUUACGUCGUUACGUAUUGAAUGAAAAAUUAACGAAAAUUCUAGAAGACGUGAUUGCUUUCAACGAACAAGAACUUAUAAUUGAAGUGUAUCAACGCAGCGAUCCGCAUAUAAUUCUAUUACGUGGCAUAAUAGACUUAUCGAUAUUUUUAUAUCCUUAUGUUAAUUCAUGUCGUUUUGCCGUGCAAUUGGUGCCCGUCGAGAACCCAAUCUCUUCAGUUGCUGAAAAUGUUAUAAACGCUUAUCACGAGACAGGCAAAGUCACAUUCGCAAUUGUCAACAUCUGCAUACUGCAGCCAAUAACCGAGAGCCAACUGUCGCGUAAGUCCUUUAAGGAAAGAAUACCAGAAAAGCUGAAAACCUGUAUUCCGGAAAAACUACCAACCGAUACAGUUUUCGUAAAAGACAAAGCAGAUAUUUGCGAAGAAAACUACAAAGACUUUGAUAAGCAAAUAACCACAUUAGUCGAGUAUAUAAUACGCAAGGAGAUCCAGACAAUAGACGAUUCAAAGGGGUUUUUAUGCUGUCAAAGAAAAAAUUUAAUUCAAAAUAUUAUGAAACUCAUCUCUUGUGAUUUUAAUGUUCGUGUGCCAACUAAAAAUACCAUAGAGUUCGCGAAUUUGAUGACUUUUGUGUACAAAGAAUUAGAACAACGGUGUUAUGAAAUUACGCAAAGGUAUAAGGGCUCCGAGAGUGUGCUUCUCGACGAAGCACAAGUUGACAAACUCAAUUCAUUCAUGAGCAUAAUAAAGGUUUUGACCGAAGUUGGUGAGGAUGAUUUGGCCAAUAUUUACAAAGAAAAGUUGAAAAAGCUGGAGACCGUGGAAUAUCAUGUCCAGGGCUACACAUUUUUGUUCAAUAUGGAGAAACAAAAUUUCGAGGCAGCUAGAGAAUAUAUGAAAAAACCUUGGGAUAAAAAGUUUGAGUUUGGAGAUUAUUAUGAUGGACUGUUUGAAAUCUACCUCAACUACGUGGAAAAGUUGAAGGCGGAAACAGUGUACAAUGAAGCGUUUCAAUGCCUACUCCAAGCUUUGGAAGAUUACUCCAAACGAUUCCCGAAAGAGCCUUCGAUAUGGAUACUGUUAUAUUGUUUAUAUAACAAAUAUGAAUAUUUGCCGGGCAUGAGUUUUACACGUUUGAAAUUCGAGAAUAUAACAAAGGAUUUGGUAUUUGAACUAAAGAUUCCAUUAACCCUCUGGAAUAUAUAUUGCAAGCAAAAUUUAGAAUUUACAUCCCAAAGGUCGAUUCAAUUUUAUAAAGCCAUUCAAGAGUUUCUGAAACUUGGAUUAUUUUUGUUCGCGCAAAUCAUUUUCGCGGAGGUUCUAGACGAAUGUACGGAAACAGAAAAAUAUUGUGUUGAAACAACAUUGAAAAUUCUACUCAAGGAACCAACCGAUAUAUAUCCCAAACGAUCUUCUCAGGGGCUGCACACGAAAAUAUUUCAAUCCCAUAUUAAUGGACAACUACAUUAUUAUAAUGGCGAGAUCAGCGCCGCAAACGAAUGCUACGCUUUUAUUCUGGAGAACGUCCAACACGUAGAGGAUAUGCGUGAUUUCCAAUUGAGCUUUAUGCGUUAUGGCAAACAUUUGUUUGAAAAUGGCAAAUAUGCCGAAGCAAUAAACGCACAUGAGCAAUGCACAUGCGUAAGAACUUGCAAAUUUGCGGCAAAUUUCGGUUUAGGGCGGGCUUUAUACCACCUGGGAAGAUACCAAGAGGCUGAAAAUCAAUUUUCGCAAUGCACCAAUUAUGGCUUACAUGUACCGGAUGUGUGGGGCUACUUAGCAUUGGUUAACCUUAAAAUGAAUAAAACUUUUAGAGCACUUGAAUCUUGGAAAUAUGCAAAGCUUUACCCUGAUAAUAUUUUGUGUGAUGAAAUUUAUGCUGAAUUAAGAAAAAUCGACAUAAAAAAUAUGACACUAGAUAUUACUGAAGACGAUGAAGAAUUUUCGAACGAUUAAUUAAGUCUAAAUUGAUUUUUUUUCAAAUGCACUAGUAACAUAAAGUUUUGUAUUUUAUAUUUUAGACGCAAAUAAAA